CGAUCCACCACUACUAGCAUCAGUGACUGGAGUCGGCAGCGCACGAGGCCCACCAUUACGGCUCUUCGCUUGGCAUCGUUUGCCGCACGGCGGAGUCGCCUCGGGCUCGCACUCCAGCCGCAAGUCGUUCAGCGCAGGCUUUACUAUAAUGACAACGCAGCCGCGGCGACUAUAGCAACCAGGGACAUGACGCCUCCUCCACCGUGGCAGGCCCUCUUUGCCGGCAAGAAGCUGGCCGAGGGCAAGCAUGCCGAGCACCAUCAUCAAUACCACGAGCAAGGUGACCACGAAAGAAACAAAGAGGAGGUAGCUCGCGUCGAGCUUAAGUGCGAAAACGUCGAGGCGGCCGUAGAAGAGGCUCUGAGCGACAAUGCCAUCCUCGCUCGGCCUCCCGCUGCACAUGUUGCCAGUCAUGCUGCAUUGCCAUCCUCAACUGCGAUGCGAUCUUCCCACAAAGACAAUACAAGCGCCCUACCGUCACGAGACUGGCAGGGCAGACCGCGCUCUUUGCUUAUCGACGACGUCGAUCGCAAGGGUGGCUACGAAGGCACUGCCCGACACCCUCACAGCAGCGUAAGCGGUAUGGCCAAGCAAUCGCCAGACAUGGCCGUGGGACAGCUGGCCGACCCUUCCAAGGAUGAACAGGUCCUGGGCCAGGCACAGGGGCGAGCCCGGGAUGCCGCAGCAAGCAGUAAUGGCAAUGCCAGCGAGCUAUGGAACAUCUUUGGGGGGCUGUUUGGGACGACGUACGAGGAGAGUGGUGCGCCCAAAGACGUCCAAUUAGCCCAAGAGGAGGAGAGCUUUCUCGGUGCCGCAUCUAGGCUUCGCUCGAUGCUCGAUCAGGACUCGUCGUCCAAAGACACUUGGCUCGAAAAGCAACGCAGCGAGGUUGAUCGUGCCCUGAGGUCCGCUUCGGUGAGCAGUAGCAGCAGCGGUGGCGACGGUGAUGGCAGCCAUGGGACAAGCUCGGACAGCUCGUCUGCCAACCUGCGAGAGCAGACGACGUAUCUCUCUCCUCGGCUGCCCUUGGUCUUUUGCCACGGCCUCUUUGGCUUUGACACCUUUUCCCUGGCUCCCGCCGCGCUCGCCGAGUCGCUUCCUUCGUUUUCCGUAGACUACUGGCGGGGCAUCGUCGAUGUUCUCCAGCGACGCGGCAACGAGGUGCUGGUAUGUCGGGUGCCCAUGAGCGCCAGCAUCGAGGAGCGCGCCAAAGCUCUGAGAGAAAUGAUCGAGGCAAAGUAUCCUGAACGUGAGAUCAACCUCAUCGGCCACAGCAUGGGCGGUCUCGACUGUCGGUACCUCAUCACAAAUCUCAAGACGUCGUUCCGCGUCCGCAGUCUCACGACGAUUGCUACGCCCCACCGUGGCUCGACAUUUGCAGACUACAUGCUCGACGAGCUCAUUGGCAAGGAGCGGAUGCCCACGCUCUUGAACCUCCUCGAAAAGACGGGACUUCCGGGCGGAGGAAGAGCCUUUGAAUGCCUGACAACGACGGCCAUGAAGCAGUUCAAUACGGACACACCCGAUGUCGACACGGUGCGCUACUUCUCCUGGGGUGCAGCGUUCCGGCCAGGCGUCUUUCACGAGUUCCGCAUUCCCCACGGCAUCAUUCUCGAGCGAGAGGGGGAAAACGACGGCCUGGUCAGUGUGACAUCGAGCAUGUGGGCAUCGUACAAAGGCACCCUUACAGCCUCGCACCUGGACCUCAUUGGCUGGACACGCCGGCUAGGCACCUUCAGGGCCGCCGCCGUAGGAGGCCGCAAACCGUUUGACCCUAAGCUCCUCUAUCUCAAUAUCUGUGAAGACUUGGCCCAGGAGGGCUUCUGAUUAAUUUCGGCCACUUGCAAUCUGUGUACCUUAUAAACCGUUCAAUCAAAGCAACUAUUUGUCCUUGCGAGCC